AUGCUGUCCUUUUGGUCUCGGUUUGCCACGCCGCUCUAUCAAAACACCGGCUCCGUGGCGCGUGACCAUCUGGCCUCGGAACGGACAUUUCUGGCCUGGAUCCGGACGGGUCUCGGGUUCGUCGCCCUCGGCAUUGCCGUGGAGCGCUUCUCACAGCUCGACCUUUCAGAACUGGUUGCACCCCACCUACAACAGCAACAACAGUCUCUGGAAGAGGUUGAGCACGAGCGGCGCCGCAAGGCUCAGGAUAAGCAGCAUUCGCAUGUCCUGGUGGGCACCCUGAUGGCCCUGGGUUCCGGGAGUAUUCUCUAUGGUACGGGGCGGUAUUUUGGAAAUUUGCGAAAUCUCGAGAGGGGUCUCUUUCGGCCGGCGUUCCACGGGACCGCGGUUCUAGGCGCGGCCGUGGCAGGGCUUGCUGGCGGUGUCUUUGGAAGUGCCGUGGCGAGGCGCAAGCCAGAGAGGGAGGCGACGGGGAGAGGCACAUUAUGA